AGAUUUUAUAGAAGCCCUCGUUAAACCCUAACGCCGUAAAUCUUCGCCUCCGGUCGUCCACCUUGUCAAAUUUGUCUUCACACUUGUUGAGGUGAGGAUCCAAACGCCAUGGAUUACCGCCUACAGAACCUUCUUGCUGCUCCUUACAGAGGCGGGAACGCCGUCAUCACUCAGAAUACUCAGCUAAUAUCACCGGUCGGUAAUCGUGUCUCCGUCACCGACCUCAACAAGCACCAUACCGUUACUAUUCCGGUCAAUACCUCAACCAACAUAUGUCGCAUCGCUGCCUCACCUGACGGAACUUUCCUACUCGCCGUCGAUGAAGAAGAUCGAUGCAUUUUCAUCAACUUGCCUCGACGGGUGAUUCUUCAUAGAAUAACCUUUAAGGAUAAAGUCGGCGCCUUGAAGUUUAGCCCUGAUGGUAAGUUUUUCGCUGUUGGAAUUGGUAAGUUGGUUCAGAUAUGGCGUUCACCUGGUUUCAGGCGAGCUGUUUUCGCCUUUGAGCUGGUUAGGACUUUUGCUAAUUCUGAUGAUAAAGUUGUUUCCUUGGAGUGGAGCUUGGAUUCUGAUUAUUUGCUCGUUGGCUCAAAGGAUUUAGCAGCUAGGUUGUUUUGUGUUAGAAAGCUCAAGGGUGCCUUGAAUAAGCCCUUUUUGUUUCUCGGUCAUAGAGAUUCUGUUGUGGGUUGCUUCUUUGGUGUUGAUAAAUUGACUAACAAGGUCAACAGGGCUUUCACUAUUGCACGGGACGGUUUCAUUUUUAGUUGGGGCUAUACUGGAGAGGAUGUUAAAAUGCAUGAAUCAGAAGAUGGCCACUCUGAGCCACCCUCACCUGAUACUCCAGAGAGGGCUGAUGAGGUGAUGGUGGAUGGCGUUGGUACAGGUACUGAUCUUAAAAAAAGAAAAGAGUAUGAUGGUAAAGAUCGUGAUUCAGAUGGAGAAGGAGGAGAUGAUGAAGAGUAUAUGCACAGAGGGAAAUGGGUUUUGUUGAGGAAGGAUGGGUUUAAUCAGGCAUCAGCAAAGGUGACAGCUUGCGACUAUCAUCAGGGGCUCGACAUGGUUGUGGUGGGAUUCUCAAACGGUGUUUUCGGGCUUUAUCAGAUGCCAGAUUUCAUCUGUAUCCAUCUGCUGUCUAUUUCAAGGGAGAAGCUAACAACAGCUGUCUUUAAUGAGCGUGGUAAUUGGCUGACCUUUGGUUGCGCCAAACUCGGGCAACUGUUAGUCUGGGAGUGGCGAUCUGAAAGCUAUAUACUGAAGCAACAAGGACACUAUUUUGAUGUCAACUGUGUCACUUACUCACCCGACUCACAAUUCUUGGCAACUGGUGCUGAUGACAACAAAGUCAAGGUUUGGAAUGUUAUGUCAGGAUCAUGUUUCAUCACAUUCACCGAGCAUACUAACGCAGUGACUGCUCUUCAUUUUAUGGCUGACAACCACUCCCUCUUAAGCGCAUCUCUGGACGGCACUGUUCGUGCUUGGGAUUUUAAAAGAUACAAAAACUACAAGACAUACACAACCCCUACACCCCGGCAGUUUGUUUCCUUAACAGCAGAUCCUAGUGGUGAUGUCGUCUGUGCUGGGACCUUAGAUUCAUUCGAGAUUUUUGUAUGGUCCAAGAAGACUGGGCAAAUAAAGGAUAUUCUGAGUGGGCAUGAGGCUCCCGUUCAUGGCUUGAUGUUUUCACCCUUAACGCAAAUUUUAGCUUCAUCCUCCUGGGACAACACGGUUCGGUUAUGGGAUGUGUUUGCUAGCAAAGGCACUGUGGAGACGUUUCAACACAACCACGAUGUUCUAACUGUUGCCUACCGUCCUGAUGGGAAGCAAUUAGCCUCGAGUACGCUAGAUGGGCAGAUCCAUUUCUGGGACACCAUUGAAGGUGUGUUGAUGUACACCAUAGAGGGGCGGAGAGAUAUCGCUGGAGGUCGGGUUAUGACUGACCGUCGGUCUGCAGCUAAUUCAAGUUCUGGAAAGUGCUUUACAACAUUGUGCUAUUCUGCUGAUGGAGGGUACAUUCUAGCCGCAGGAACUAGCAGAUAUAUUUGCAUGUAUGACAUUUCAGAUCAGGUUCUUUUGAAAAGGUUUCAGAUAUCUCAUAAUCUGUCGUUAGAUGGGGUUCUUGACUUUUUGAACUCCAAGAAGAUGACAGAAGCAGGACCAAUGGAUCUGAUCGAUGAUGACAACAGCGAUGAAGAAAAUGGCAUUGAUAAACAGUCUCGGGGGAAUUUGGGUUACGAUCUGCCUGGAUCCAGGCCUAACCGCGGCAGGCCUAUUAUCCGGACAAAAAGCCUCAGCAUUGCCCCAACUGGGAGAAGCUUUGCAGCUGCAACAACAGAAGGGGUUCUUAUCUAUUCAAUCGAUGAAUCCUUCAUCUUUGAUCCAACCGAUCUUGACAUAGACGUUACUCCAGAGGCUAUUGAGGCUGCCAUAAAGGAGGAUGAAGUGAGCAGAGCACUUGCUCUGAGUAUGCGUUUGAACGAAGACAGCCUCAUCAAAAAAUGCAUCUUUGCUGUAGCCCCUGCAGACAUAAAAGCUGUUGCAAUCUCUGUCGGCCAGAAAUACUUAGAAAGGCUUAUGGAAGCUUUGGUUGAUCUGCUUGAGAACUGUCCUCAUCUGGAGUUCUUACUUCACUGGUGUCAGGAAAUCUGUAAGGCACACGGAAGCUCCAUUCAGCGCNCAAGUUCUGGAAAGUGCUUUACAACAUUGUGCUAUUCUGCUGAUGGAGGGUACNCAGAAGGCAAUCACCAGAGCUCACCAGGAUCUGACAGAUAUGUGUUCGUCCAAUGAGUACACGCUUCGCUACUUGUGUUCUGUUCCAAACAGUCGUUGAUUAUGUUUUCUGCACUAUGUAUCACCGGAAUUUCAUCUUCCUUUUUCGGGGUUAACACUCUCGAAGUUUUGAUAUAUGUAUUUCAAAUGUGAAAACAAAAUAUGGAGCUAAGAAGUUAUAACA